UUUGUUUUGACAGAAACUGUCAGUAACAGAGAACCACCCUUCAUUUAUUUCUCUUCUCUCUUGCUCAUUGAGACACCAUGCUGUGAUUUUAAAUGUAUUCUAGGGCUGGGCACGGUGGCUCAUGCCUGUAAUCCUAGCACUCUGGAAGGCUGAGGAGAGUGGAUUGCCUGAGCUCACAGGUUCGAGACCAGCCUGAGCAAGAGUGAGACCCCACUCCCAUCUCUAAAAAGAGCUGAGCAUUGUGGCUGGUGCCUGUGGUCCCAGCGACUCAGGAGGCUGAGGCAGGAGAAUUGCUUUAGCCCAAGAGUUUGAGGUUGCUGUGAGCUAUGACACUACGGCACUCUACCGAGGAUGGCAAAGUAAAACUCUGUCUCAAAUAAAUAAGUAAAAGUAUCUAAACAGAGGAAAGAAGAGGUACUGGUUUGGUUUUUGGUAUUGUCAAUGAAAGAUGGGUUUCAGGAGGCUCUUAAUUAAUACUUGAUCUAAUAGUGUCUCACCCAUCCCCAGACUGAUUGGUCCCUUUGUUAUUUAUUGCCUGGGUGCCUCAAUAUUUUCCUUCAGGUUAAUUUUGUCUCCACGUCGAGAGAGGUCUUAUUAUUCCAACUAUCUCCUGGGUUCCUAGCACAGUGUUAGGGAUGAGAAAUUAAGGAGAAUUAUUGUUUCUAUCGAGUUGCACUGCAGAAGGGAACAUACCAUUUAUAAAGAAGCUAUGCAGGAUCAUUUCAUGUUGGCUUUGUCAGACCUUCUAAUAUCUGUGUUUUAAGUUCUACCUUGAUGGCAUAGUAGUACUUUAAGGCUGCCCUUUGUUCCUCAGCUCAAGCCAACAUGUCCCCUUAACUCAGCUGAACUUGGAAAGUGGCGACAACGGAGAUGAAAGUAGCAGGAAUUAGGAAGUGGCUGGGAAGUCCGUCUGUUAUGAAAAGCCCCAGCUCUGGAGACCGUGCUUUCCGCUGCUUGGCUAGUCUGUGGUGGGGCGCGAGGACUGUAGGUGGGGUGAGAGGGAAGCACUGUGCUGGUGACAUUUCUCUGUUCUCUAUCCUUCCGUGACCUGCAGAAUUACCUCUUGCCAAGGGACACACUGGAGGUGUGGUAGGGAGGAGAAGGAAAAGAAGCAAGAAUUUCCUCUGCUGGCAGACACUAGCCACAGGUCUUUGAAGAGGCAGGAAUGGUGGGGCCCGAGGGGGGAGAGCUUCCUCCUAAGUCAGUACAGGGUGUGCAGGUUCUGUCGCCUCUUAACAGAGCAGGUAUCUAUGACUCAGUUAUGGGUCUGUGAGUGCUGGGCUGAGGGGUGUGCCUUUUUCCAUCUGAAGAGCAUGCCUGGUUUUAUAAGGUGUAGCCUGGGAACAGCAGCUGUUGAACAUCUUAAAUGUUUCAUAAAGUAUUGGAGAACACCGUGACCUAGCGAGCAGAGAUGAAGCCACAAUUACAAGUUCAUCCGAAAAUGAUGACCGGAGUGGCUCCAGUUUGGAAUGGAAUAAAGAUGGAAGCCUAAGGUUAGGGGUUCAGAAAGGAGUGCUUCCUGAUCGCAGGGCAGAUAACUGCUCCCCAGUGGCAGAAGAGGAGACCACUGGGUCAGCGGAGAGCGUGCUACCCAAAGCGGAAUCUGCAGCCGGAGAUGGUCCGGUCCCUUAUUCUCAGAGCUCCAGCUCACUAAUAAUGCCACGGCCCAAUUCAGUUGCAGCAACAAGCUCAACCAAAUUGGAAGAUCUGAGUUAUUUAGAUGGGCAGAGAAAUGCCCCUCUACGAACGUCAAUUAGAUUACCAUGGCACAAUACGGCUGGAGGUAGGGCACCAGAAGCUAAAGCCCGGUUUGCUCCCUACAAGCCACAGGACAUUUUGUUGAAACCCCUGUUAUUUGAAGUACCGAGCAUAACGACAGACUCUGUGUUUGUGGGAAGAGAUUGGCUCUUUCACCGGAUAGAAGAAAACUUGAGGAACACAGAGCUGGCAGAAAAUAGAGGAGCGGUUAUUGUUGGAAAUGUGGGAUUUGGGAAGACAGCGGUCAUUUCCAAGUUGGUAGCACUGAGCUGCCAUGGAAGCCGCAUGAGGCAGAUUGCUUCCAACAGUCCCAGUUCCUCACCUAAAACCUCAGACCCCACCCAGGAUCUUCCUUGCACGCCGCUGCUUUCACCAAGUUCUUCUACAAGCGCUCCCAGUGCUGCUAAAACUCCCGCUGGACCUGGGUCUGGUACUCCUGAAAAUCAGAGGCCCAGAGAGGAUGCGGCGAAGUUCCUCGCUUCUAAGGUGGUGGCCUACCACUACUGCCAGGCCGAUAACACGUACACGUGCCUCGUGCCUGAGUUUGUGCACAGCAUCGCGGCCUUGCUCUGCCGGUCCCAUCAGCUGGCCGCCUACAGAGACCUCCUAAUAAAGGAGCCCCAGCUGCAGAGCAUGCUGAGCCUGCGCUCCUGUGUGCAGGACCCAGUGGCCGCUUUCAGGAGGGGAGUGCUGGAGCCACUUACAAGCCUGAGAAACGAGCAGAAAAUUCCUGAAGAAGAAUACAUUAUUUUAAUAGAUGGCUUAAAUGAAGCUGAGUUUCAUAAACCUGAUUAUGGAGAUACACUUUCUUCAUUUAUUACCAAAAUUAUUUCUAAAUUUCCUGCUUGGUUGAAGUUGAUUGUGACUGUGAGAGCAAAUUUUCAGGAAAUCGUAAGUGCACUGCCAUUCGUCAAGCUUUCCUUAGAUGACUUUCCAGACAACAAAGACAUUCACGGCGACCUGCACGCCUAUGUCCAGCACAGGGUCCACAGCAGCCAGGACAUCCUCAGCAACAUCUCCCUGAAUGGCAAGGCUGACGCCGCGCUUAUCGGGAAGGUGAGCAGCCACCUGGUGCUGCGCAGCCUUGGCUCCUACCUGUACCUCAAGCUCACCUUGGACCUCUUUCAGAGGGGACACUUGGUGAUCAAAAGCGCCAGCUACAAGGUGGUGCCCGUGUCUCUGUCGGAGCUCUACCUGCUGCAGUGUAACAUGAAGUUCAUGACCCAGGCGGCCUUUGAGAGAGCACUUCCCAUCCUCAACGUGGCCCUUGCAUCCCUCCACCCCAUGACGGAUGAGCAGAUCUUUCAAGCUAUUAAUGCCGGCCAUAUCCAGGGGGAGCAGGGCUGGGAAGACUUCCAGCAGAGGAUGGACGCCCUGUCCUGCUUCCUCAUUAAGAGGAGAGACAAAACCCGCAUGUUCUGCCACCCGUCCUUCAGGGAAUGGCUUGUGUGGCGAGCAGAUGGGGAAAACACGGCCUUCCUGUGUGAGCCCAGGAAUGGGCACGCUCUCCUGGCGUUCAUGUUCUCCAGACAGGAGGGCAAGUUGAACCGCCAGCAGACUAUGGAGCUCGGCCAUCACAUCCUGAAGGCGCACAUUUUCAAGGGCCUCAGUAAGAAGACAGGGAUCUCUUCGAGCCAUCUCCAAGCCCUCUGGAUUGGUUACAGUGCUGAGGGCCUGUCUGCGGCGCUGGCCUCUCUCAGGAAUCUCUACACUCCCAAUGUGAAGGUGAGCCGUCUCUUGAUUUUGGGAGGGGCCAACGUGAACUACAGGACAGAAGUGCUAAAUAAUGCCCCAAUCCUGUGCGUCCAGUCUCACCUCGGCCACGAGGAAGUUGUCACUCUGCUCCUGGAAUUUGGCGCCUGCCUGGAAGGAACGUCGGAGAAUGGCAUGACUGCCCUCUGCUAUGCGGCCGCUGCCGGCCACGUGAAGCUGGUGUGUCUGCUGACCAAGAAGGGAGCAAGGGUAGACCACUUGGAUAAGAAGGGCCAGUGCGCACUCGUCCACAGCGCACUGCGGGGCCACUGUGACAUUCUCCAUUAUCUGCUGACCUGUGAGUGGUCCACGGGCCCUCCCCAGCCGGGCACGCUGAGGAAGAGCCAUGCCCUGCAGCAGGCACUGACGGCAGCCGCCAGCAUGGGCCACAACUCGGUGGUCCAGAGCUUGCUGGGAAUGGAAAAGGAACACGAAAUAGAAGUUAAUGGCACCGACACAUUGUGGGGAGAAACAGCCCUGACUGCUGCUGCAGGAAGAGGGAAGCUGGAGGUCUGUGAGCUACUGCUGGGGCAUGGAGCUGCUGUGUCCCGGACUAACAGGAGAGGGGUUCCACCCUUGUUUUGUGCAGCACGCCAGGGACAUUGGCAGAUUGUUGGAUUACUGCUGGAGCACGGCUGUGACGUGAACCUCAGUGACAAGCAGGGCCGGACGCCCCUCAUGCUAGCUGCUUGUGAAGGGCACUUGAGCACGGUGGAAUUCCUCCUUUCAAAAGGCGCCACCCUUUCUUCUCUGGACAAAGAGGGCCUUUCAGCAUUGAGCUGGGCUUGUCUGAAAGGUCACAGGCCGGUGGUCCAGUACCUGGUUGAAGAAGGAGCCUCAAUAGACCAGACAGACAAGAAUGGCCGCACCCCCUUGGACCUGGCUGCCUUUUAUGGUGAUGCCGAGACUGUGCUGUAUCUGGUCGAGAAGGGAGCCGUGAUUGAGCAUGUGGACCACAGCGGAAUGCGUCCCCUGGACAGAGCCAUUGGUUGUCGAAACACGUCUGUAGUGGUUACCCUACUCAGAAAAGGAGCCAAAUUAGGGAAUGCUGCUUGGGCGAUGGCCACUUCCAAACCUGAUAUUUUGAUCAUACUUUUACAGAAGUUAAUGGAGGAAGGAAAUGUGAUGUACAAAAAAGGGAAGAUGAAAGAGGCAGCCCAGAGGUACCAAUAUGCUUUAAGGAAGUUUCCUCGGGAAGGAUUCGGAGAGGACAUGAGAACGUUCAACGAACUGAGGGUUUCCCUCUAUCUCAAUUUGUCUCGAUGCCGAAGAAAAACAAAUGACUUUGGCAUGGCCGAAGAAUUUGCUUCCAAGGCUCUUGAAUUGAAACCCAAGUCCUAUGAAGCCUUCUAUGCCAGAGCAAGAGCCAAGAGAAACAGCAGGCAAUUUGCGGCGGCUCUGGCUGACUUGCAGGAGGCUGUGAAACUCUGUCCUACCAAUCAGGAAAUCCAGAGGCUUCUAGCCCGCGUGGAAGAGGAAUGCAAGCAGCUCCAGAGGAGUCAACAGCAGAAACAGCAGUGCCCACCCUCAGCCCCAGCCAAUGACUCAGAUAAUGAAGAGGAUGCCCCGACCCCUGGAUUAAACGACCACUUCCAUCUUGAAGAGGCAGAAGAGGAGGACACUUCUCCACAGGAAGAGUCCAUUUCCCUGACCCCCAGGCCCCCGCCACCCUCAUCUGUCCCUUCCCCAUAUAUCCGGAACCUUCAAGAAGGGCUACAGUCCAAAGGACAGCCGGCAUCCCCCCAGGGUAGGGCAGGAGUCAACAAGCCCCCCAGGGAGCCUGUAGCCCAGCCAGGGCUGGUCACGCAGCCUGCCAAGCAGGCACAGAUCGUGAAGACCAGUCAGCAUCUGGGCUCUGGGCCUCCUGGUGUGAGAAACAGUGGCACAAAAAUUCAGAUCUCCUCUCAGAAUCCUCCCCCAAGUCCUAUGCCAGGGAGAAUCACUGUGACUCCUGCUGGGAGCAGAAAGCAGCACUUAGAGGGAACAGGUACGUUCACUAUAGGAGCUGCUUCUGGCCACUUUGCGGAUCGGCUGGGCUUCAGCCAGAAUGUCCACCUGCAGCGCAGUGAGAGUGGCUCUGCAUUCCCUUUACCAAGCAAGAUAAAAACUGCAGAGAGGCUUCUGUCCUAUGCCUCCGUAGCUGGGGAUGUAGCCCCUCCAAACCAAGGUGGGCCAGUGGGCUGCACUGACGCACGCCACCCAGCUUCCCUCGCCAGCUCAAGCUCUUCUGGUUCUCCAUCCAGCAGUAUAAAGAUGUCGAGUUCAACCAGCAGUUUGACAUCAAGCAACAGUUUCUCAGAUGGCUUCAAGGCCCAAGGACCGGAUGCUCGAAUUAAAGACAGGAUUGUAAACCAGAGCGGCACCGCCGAGCACAGACCUCGCAAUACUCCGUUCAUGGGCAUCAUGGACAAGACAGCGCGGUUCCAGCAGCAGAGCAGCACUCCAGGCCGCGCCUGGCACUGCCCGGUGGCAGAGGGGCUCUCUGCGAACACAUCUGCAGCUGGCCUGCAGUCCUCUAACUCUGAGAAGCCCUCUCUCAAACAAGGAGCAGGAUACACUAACCAAGUUAAACCCUGUUCUGUUUCUACCCUGAGUGGAAGUGUCCACAAUGGGGCACAGGUGAAGGAGCUGGAUGGAAAUAAGUGCCAGGUUCCAGUCCACUGUCAGGAGAACAGGAUAACCAAGACUGUUUCUCAUCUCUAUCAGGAAAGUAUCUCCAAACAGCAGCCUCAUGUCAGUAACGAAGCCCACAGGAGCCACCUCGCUUCAGCAAAACCAAAGAGAUCAUUCAUAGAGUCAAAUGUGUGAGCCUUAAAGCAUCUGGAGAAGUAUACUGGCUCCUGGCGAUAAUAAUUAAAUGGUUCUUUCAUCUGAAAAAUUAUUUUUUAGCUAUGUUUCUUUUUUCCUCUGGGGUAGAUUUAAUGCCAUUGAUAUACUUAAAAGUAUGAAAUAAACUUCCAUAAAUAGCUAGAAGUCACAAUAAAUAAGAAUGCUAAACAAUUAAAAAGUAUAAUGAACUAUACCUAUCAAGUUAAAUAUUUAAGACAGCCAAGAAGACAUUAACUCAUGUUUUCCUCUUAUGAAAGUAUUUGGUUUUUAUCACUUUUCUCCUAGCCUUUGCUAUGUGGUAAAAUCACAGUACAUGUAUCACAGAAUAAAAACGUCUAUUGGUAAGGAGUGAUGGGUUUAUUAACUCUUAUAUCUAAAUGAUAUGUUCUGGGAAAAAUGGAAUUUUCCAGUUACAGUUCCACUGAGUCAAAUCCCAAUUUAUAUAUAAAAAAUUUAGAUCUAAGUGAUUUCUAGCUGAGUAUGUGUGACCAUAAGCAUAAUAAAGCUGAUAUUUUUAAUGCAAAAUAUGAGGACACCCAAGUAUUAUCCCCUUCAUAGCAGUUCCUUUAUCAAGAUUAAAUACAUAUUUCUGUUACGGUUCUUAAUCAAAAUAUUUUUAUAGCACCUUUUUUGGAACUAUAUUCAUGCUUGAAGGUGUUUCUGAUAUUUGGAAACGGUAAAAGCCAUUUGGAAUUAUGGUUAGUCGUCAAGUGGAUUUGAGCUAAUAUACUAAGACCAGUAUUCUUAGUGGCGCUUACAAAUGAGCUCUCACUGUUCCCAGGCUGCAUUUAAUAAUGAUAGUGCUCCUGGAAUAACCCUUCCAGGUCCUGUGCUUAAGGGAUGGUUGGUUGUUGCUCUUGUUUUGUUGUACAAUCAGUACUUUAGAGUCACAUGUUGUAUAUAUUAAACAGCCCAGUUUUAUUCAUACUUGUAAAUACAACUAUUUCAAAGUAGUUAAUCUCAAAAGGAAAAAUAAAACCCCAUUCAUAUAUUUGCAUGUUCUUUGUAAGCUUCAUCCAUGCUGGUUAUUGCACUGAAUGAUAUUACUACGGCAUGUUAACAGUGUACUAGGAACGGCACUUUAUCUCGUUUAUAUGAACACCUUUGAGGUGCUGCUUAAGUCCAAACUGAUGUAUUAUUCAUUUGUAAAGAUAAGGUACAGGAAUGAACCUUGGUCUAAAGGUAUUUUUAUAUGAAAAUGGUAUUAUUAGAGGAUGUUAAAAUGGUAAUUUGAGAGAAGUGGAAGUGUAUUUGUUUUAUAUGUUGGGAUGUGAAAUUUAUUUUCUAGAAUUGGAGAGAAGGAAGUUCUAUAUUUGCAGAAUGUUUUAAAAGCGAAUAGUUGUAAUGAAGUUCCUGUGAACAUCAUUACAGUUUUAUAUGAAUAGGAACCUUCCAGUCACAUUCAACAUUUGUUUCUUUGUGUGUACAGUGUACUUUGUACAAACAGCUUUAUCUUUUUUAUAGGCUUUCCAUGAGUUCUGCUAUAACUACUAUGGCUUAUUUAUUUCUUUUAAUUUGUGAAAGUCUUACUCUUUUGUUAUGUAGUUUUGUUUCUGCACAACUACUGUACCUUUCCAUACGGAAUAAAGAGUAUUAAUAGAA